UGUGUUGCGUUACUCCCAUUGUGCCUCGAUGAAGACUAACGAGACGACGUACAAGUACUGCUUUGAGGGUGUCUGGAUAUCUCCGCAACGUGAAGGCUGCUUGGCAGUGUAGGAAUACCCUAAAUUGGCAUUGAGCAUAACGUCUGAGCGAAUCCAUGUGCACAGCUCCAACGAACUUGGUGCGAGGAAGCCAUAUGAGCGCAGAGACUAGCCACCUAGAGCACUUUGCGAAACGUGCUGCACGUUCGGAUCCUGCGGAUUGCGGAUGAAGUAUAGCCGAUGUUGAGACAUGUGCGAGAUUGCUCGAGGGCCUGGAGGUGUCGUGCGUUCAGUAGCAGUUCACAGGGGAGCAGCGCAGGAGCCACCACGGGCGCCUCUGCGUGUUGCAGUUCCCUCGUAGGCUGGCAUGUGUGCCUUCUCGUCCAGCAUGAGCAACCACCGACGCUCCCUCCCCUUGGACGAGGCCGUUGUGCUUCUCACGAUUCAACAUCAGUAUUCGGAAGAGGAUGGCGUGGUACGUGGAGGGAGAGGCUGUGGAGCACCCUUCGAACCUUCUGUAUUUGGUUCGCCCGCCGCGUCCGUUCUCCUUCACAGUGGACGUCAUACAGGUGGACGGCUCGGGUCAACCGAGCAAAUCGAGCUCAGCUUCGCUCCAAUUUCGCAUCGCACACCAGCGAUAGUACCAACGACUUCCCGAGAGCUUCCACGCAUCUCGGUUGCCGAUCGCUAUCUGGAUCCGCCUCAUAUUGAUUAACUGCCGAGGGCCUUCUCUGGCAACGGCUUUGGGACUGGGCAGCGGUCCCACGACAAUGGUUUGGUUCGUACCAUGCCAUGCGUACCUUAAUCUAAUCUUAGGAUCCUCUUGUCAUUUCGCUGUGACUCGUCGUUCUCACGCUCCGAUCCACC